AUGCAAACCCAAGGUAUUCUUCUUAGCGUCCGAGGUCUUUCGGGCGAGGCUCCAAGAAGACGAGGAAAUCGAAAUAGCAUCUGCAUCUGGAAAGCUCUUAAAAUGGACGACGUCAUGAAGCUACUUCGCACGCCUCAGCAGGAACCUUUGCUCCUGCUGCCCAUGUUAGCAGAUUUUGCAAGAGCAAAACCUAUCUUUUAUACAAAGAUGGGUUAUCCCGAGACGUUCGAGGGCUUCUGCGUCGACUCGCCCAAGACGUGGAGCACCUUCAAGAAGCAAGACCUCAAGCCCAAGCCCUUUGGCGACAAGGACAUCGACGUCAAGAUAGAGUGCUGCGGCGUCUGCGGGUCUGACGUGCACACCAUCACCGGCGGCUGGGGCGAGUUCGAGGGUCCCCUGUGCGUCGGCCACGAGGUCGUGGGCAAGGCCAUCAAGGUUGGCAAGGAUGUCCAGGGCAUCAAGGAGGGCGACUGUGUCGGCGUGGGGGCCCAGGUCUGGUCCUGUCUCGAGUGCCAGAACUGCAAGGACAAGAACGAGAACUAUUGCCCCAAGAUGGUUGAUACAUACAACUCGUCGUACCCGGACGGCAGCCAGGCUCACGGCGGAUAUGCGAGCCACAUCCGGGCACACGAGUACUUCACCUUCAAGAUCCCGGACGCGCUGCCCUCCGAGGCAGCCGCCCCCCUGCUCUGCGCCGGCAUCACCACCUACUCCCCGCUGGUCCGCGCCGACGUGGGACCGGGCAAGAAGGUCGCCGUCUGCGGCAUCGGCGGCCUCGGCCACCUGGGCAUCCAGUGGGCCAAGGCCCUCGGCGCCGAGGUCUACGCCAUCUCGCACUCGCCACACAAGAAGGACGACGCCAAGAAGCUCGGGGCCAAGGAGGUCAUCAUCACCGCCGACGACGACGACGGCAAAUGGGCCGAGCCCUGGGCCUUCGCCUUCGACUUUAUCCUCAACUGCUCCGACAUGACGCACACGUUCGACGUGGCCAGGUACAUGUCGAUGCUCAAGGUCGGCGGCGAGUUCCACAACUGCGGCAUGCCCGACGGCGCGCUGCCCGAGAUCCCCGUCACGGCCUUUGCGUCCAACGCGGCCAAGCUGACGGCCAGCCACCUCGGCAACCACCAGGAGAUGGACGCCAUGCUCAAGCUGGCGGCGGACAAGGGCAUCAAGCCGUGGGUGGAGACGAUUGACAUCUCGGAGAAGGGGUGCAAGGAGGCGGUCGAGAGGGUCAAGGAGAACAAGGUCCACUACCGCUUCACGCUCACUGGGUUUGACAAGGCGUUUGGGAACUAG